AUGUUAUUGCAGAUUACAUUUCAAGACAAAGCUACACAGACGGAUCUAGACCAAGAAAAUACUGUUGAAAAAAUAUUCAAUGCCAUGACAUUACUUUGUACCAAAGUAGAUGGCCUGGACAAAGAGAUACAAAAAAUGAAAAGUCAGAAGCAUGACGGUAAACAUGUGGAACUAAGUCGAUCGGAAGACUUAAAAACUCCAGAGCUAGAAGGUGACGAUGGGAAACACCGAAAAACUCAAACUAACAAUUUGUUACAUGCAGCUACAGGUAGCACAUCAUCUACAAAAGAAGAAAAAAGAUAUGUUAAUACAAAUAUGAACAAGAUAUUUGAGAAACCAUUUGUAACCAGAAAUCAAAACCCCUUAUUUGUACCACCACAAGUAAAUACCUACAAAGACAGCCUAGGACAAGACAAAAAAAUCUAUAAUCAUAUAACCAGAGCCUAUAUAGAAAAAAUCCAUAAAAUACAAACCUUUUUGAAUAAAAAUCCCAGAUCUAAAACUACCCAAAAUCCACACGAAGAUUAUAUUACCCAAACUCUACAAGGAUACAAUAAACUAAUUGCUUUACCUAAGACAAAUGCAAAUCUAGUGGCAACUUGCUAUAACUAUGGAUUAUUAAACACAGUAUAUACCCAGACAGGAGAUGAAAUAGCUACAAUACCGGAGCUACACAAAGCAUUCAUGCACUACAAAAGGAUAACUAAGGGAACCCUUUUUUAUAUAAGAUUCUACUCAGCACCAGCCGAAAUACUUUAUGAUGAAAUUAAGCCAAUUAUACAAGUUAUAAAAAUUGGAUUAACUAGAGAAAUGAUCAUACCAGAAAAGAUAGAAGAACAAGACGAGAUACAAAAAGUGGAGAUACCGGCAUUUUAUGCAGGAAAAAGAAUUAUUGGAAUAGCUACUAUCUUAAAUGAGUUAACAUCUAAUUAUUUAAACAACAAUUCAAUAUGGAGUUAUUAUUCAAGAGAGCAAACAAUGAUAUAUUCAAAUUGUCGAGAAAUUAGAGCAGCAGAUAUGGAAAAACUCAGGCAAUGGGCACUAAGUCUACUAAAACCUGAGAAACAGCCGACUGCAAGAGCUAUAAGAAAGAACUUUAUCUCAUCGGAAAUAAUGACAGGAUAUUGUAAAACUAUCGGACACAAAUAUCCGGAUCAUCAAUGUUCUAAAUGCCAAGGAGAAGAUAACGUAAUCCCAGACGUACAGCUGGAGUAA